UAUAGGCUCCGGACCCCCCGCGACCCAGAAGGAUAAGCGGUUUGGAAAAUGGAUGGAUGGAUGGAUGGGUCUACGCUUGUAUUUGAGCUUUAAGCGUUUGGGAUGAAACAGGCCUAUGUUUUAUAUAUAGAUAUUACCAAUGCUUCAUUUCUAAAUUCUGAUGCGUAUGAGAUCAAAACCACAGACACCUACUGCAACCAUGAGGAGCCGGAGCGCACUUUGAAUACGUCACAUAAGCCUCCACAAAAACAAUGCGAUGUUAAUUAGGUCCAACUACAUAACGAGACAAUAUAUUUAUUUUUUACAUUACACUGUAAGACAGACUGACCUUAUUAGAUGAGUUUAAUCGUCGACAUUUUAUUUUAAUUAUUUUGCUGUGACAAUCUGACGUGUAACCUCAUCUUUAGAGGCCAAAUAUUUGCGCGUGCAUGAUACCUGUUUUCGCUGUAAAAUCCAAGUCAGACAAGUGAAGUAUACUAAUUUAGGCGGAUGUAGGCUAUUUAAAAAACAUAACACAUAUGAGGGCUAGAAUUGCAAUUAUGGUUAGUGGAAAAUAUAUAUCAGAAUUUGUGUGACAGUAGUGGGCUAAUAGGAAAGCGCACUUGUAAUUGAGAGAGUGCUGGUUCGAACCCCCGACUAGCAACGUAAUAAUAGGUUUAUAUGUCAUUUGUUUUUUCUGAAUAAUGUAGGCAGUUCCAAUAUGUUUAAAAGGUGAAAAGUAUCCUUUCUGGAAAAAAGAACAUCCAAAAAGUAUACAAAUAUCGCUUGCUUGCAACUCUGAUCUGCAGAAUUUCGGGUGAUUAUUGUACCUGUCAUGUGUUUGGUUAGGGUUGUUCCCUGCUUUGCGCCCAUAACCUCCGGGACAGGCUCCGGACAUGCAUCCAGGACCCUGAACAGGAUAACCGGUUUCAGAAAAUGGAUGGAUGGAUGGAUAUAUCGUACCAAUAACAUUUUGUUCCAUCCAUGUCAAACAUUUUUUUUUUUUAAUUUCAAAAUUUAUUUUACACAGUCAGUUCUGCUACAAGCAUAACCUAAACAGAUUUUUUUUCUCCAUGGGUCCAGUGGAUCGAAGCUGCAGACAAAAAAAAACAAUAUUCAUUAUUUGAAACAUGUUUGACAAGAACUAUGGAAAAGAAUGUUUAGAUCUGAAAACAAAAUCUGCAAAUAAAUUUAUUUUAACGCAGAAGAAACUAAAUGCAGCAUAUAAUAGACGAAAAUGUAAAUAUAGAGAAGCGUGCAAGAAAUUAUUGACUGUACUGAAUAUAGGCCUAUAUAUUUUUUAUUUUUUUUACUGCUGAACAAUCCCGUUACAACGCCCAUGGUAUUGGCUAAUGUGUUACCAGUUGGAAAGGAAUUUGUGGUAGAUAAUCAUGAUGUGGAUCUAAAUAAAGUGACUGCGAUGUUUAUAUUUUCCUUUUAACAAGCCCUGAAAACGCUUAUGGGUUUGACAAUCACUCCUUUUUUCUUACAACCAGACAACUGUGAGCCACUAACAUCUACCUACAAGACAACGUACUAGCUGUCACCAUGAGCGACGGUGGGCUAACUAGGAGACUAAACAGAGUCAAGCUGGUGGUACUUGGAGGGGACAAUUGUGGCAAGACAGCACUCUGCGUCAGAUUCAUCACCAAACGUUUCAUUGGAGAGUAUGACCAUAAAAAGGAGGUGACAUAUAAGUGUCAGAGAGUUGUGGACAAAGAAGCAAUUGAUCUGGAGAUCUUGGACACAGUCAGCAAGUGUUCGGGACCCACUGCCGGCACUCUGGAGAGUUACAUCAAAUGGGGCGACGGCUUCCUGAUUAUGUACUCUGUGACGGACCGCAGUACAUUUCAGUGUAUCUCAAACCUGAAGAGGCAGAUCGACCACUUCAAACAGACCUUUGGCACGCCCAUUGCAAUUGUGGCCAAUAAGAGCGACAUGGAGAAUGGACGAGCUGUUCGGACAGAGGAGGGACAAGCCCUGGCCAACGAGCUAAGCUGGUGGAAACAUAGGCAGAUCAUCAAAAGGCACCAAGCGAGAACCAGCCCAGCACCAGCAUCAGCAUCAGCACCGAAUCCAUGUUGGUGGAAAUGAAGCAAAACUCAGUUCUGAAGAAACUUCAGUUGGUUUAAAAUGUUGCUGCUAGACUAUUAAACAGAACCAGCUAUAUGGCACAGAUUUCCCUGCUUCUGUACAUUGGCUCCCAGCAAAAUGGAGUGUAGAUUUUAAGAUUUUUUAUUUACUUGUUUCCUCGCCAGGUGCAGGUUUAAGACCAGGGCUGAUAGAGCCUUUGCAGAUGCUGCCCAAAGGCUGUGGAAUAGUCUGCCUUUGGACAUUAGAUCAGCCAGCAGUGUGGCUCCUUUAAACAGUGUUUACAAACUUCUUUGUACAGACAAGACUUUUAUUGAAGUUUGAGUAUCUGUUUUAUUACCCGCACUUUAUGACAUUUGCUCUCAAAAGGUGGUAUAUAAAUACAAUACUUACCUAAUUUCCACUUGGCACCAUCAUAGGACACCAUCUUUCCAACCCUUGGGAAGUCAGUUCCCCAAAUUUCUGCCCUGCUAGAGCUGCCCAGGCCAACUGCGAGUGAAGUGAUUGUGAAAUGGAAACAUCUAGUUGUAUGAAAUGGCAGCCACUCAACCUCAACCUAUACCCUAUCUGAAUGACAUUAGAUUCCACCAGCAAUGCUCCAACAUCAAACGGAAAGCCUCUCAAGAAGACUAGAGACUAUUAUAUCAACCAAGGAUGGGCCAACUUCAUUGUAACACCCUUGGGUUUGGAAUGACAUGUUGGACAAGCUGGCGUCUGUGUACUUUUGGCUACAGUAUAUAACAUAUGCAGUGUCUUAAGUUGAACUGCUUACAUGUUUUUUGAUGCUAAAAUGUAGUAUCUGAUAUCACUGGAAUUCUCCUAAGGAUUCCAUAAUUUUAUUUAACAUUUCAAAAGUGUGUGUUGCUUUCAUUUUGUUAAUGACAUCAUUUUUAUUAUUAUUAUUAUUAUUAUUAUUUACAAGCAGUUUUAUAGGGGAGGAAAAUAUAACGUAUAAAGUCAAUCACAAAAGUAUUGUGUAUUUUAAAUACCAGUGGAGUGAAUUUAUUCAGCAGUGUUUAUGCCUCAUAAUUACUUAGUUUGAUAAUAAUUACAAAAUGCAAGUUUUUUUUCGGAGACAAAGGGAAUUGUUGCUCCAGAAAGGGGAUAAUGGAUGUUAAAGUCAUGUCCUUCCAGAGCUCAUGCGGUGACCCGGCCCCUCUGCAGGUGCACUUUCUACGAGCUGUCUGUGGCAGAAGACUGGACUGUAGUGGAUAGUGCCAUGACCCAGCUGGUCCUGGAGGUGAAGCUGGCCUUCCAUAAGCAGCAGCUGGCCAUGGAAAAGCGUUCCCGUAUG